AUAUGCAUUUAAUAAUCCUGCUUCGGUAUCAACUGAAGCUGGUAAACUCAAACAACGUUCAGAGAAUCUAUGUGAGCGAAUGAUGGGUAUGCAACCUGAACAAUGGUUGAUAUGUCUGUGGAAUUCAGAGUAAGUAUGCUUUUAUAUUAAUAAAUGUAACAAACUAAUGGAUCGAUUAGUGAGUUGACUUAAUUAACAUGUUUUGUUCUGUAGUGAUCACUGGUUGACAAUUAUGAUUCAUGCCAAUACUCAAAGUGUUGCAUAUCUUGACUCGACGAAUGACUUUAUCCGAACUGAUAUUAUGAAAUGUAUCCAAAAUGCUGUGGACAUGUACAGGAUCGAAAAAAAUAUACGAAACAAGGGUCCAGUAAAAAUCAACCAAUACACGUGUCGACAGCAGCCGGAUGGAGUACAAUGUGGUUAUUAUGUUAUGAAGAUUAUCCAGAGUUUCAUGACUAUUGUUAAUCCUGCAAGUUUUUUGAAAAAUCAUUUCAAGUUAGAUGCUCCUUAUAGUAACGAGGAGAUCAAUGUCGUACGGGAUGAGUGGGCCGAAUUUGUGAAGCCUUUGAUUAUAGAUUAAGUACUUAAGGUUACUACACUUUUCUUAUAAUACAUGAGUAACAAGUUUUAUGAUUAUUGUUAUCUUUUGCAUAUAUUAUUAGUUUAUAUUUAGUUUACGAUAUACAUGGAAUUUAAGUUUUAGAAUCGAUUUUAUUAAUAAUUUUGGUAUUGUGUGAUUAGUUAAUAGAAUCGAUUACUAAUUUUAUAUAA